AGGGGCGGGGCUGCGGAGGGAUUGCGUUUGCAGCUGGGAUAACCUUGAGGCCCAGGCGGCGCAGACCCGCACUGCAGCGACGCGUCCAGCCUCUGCGGACCUCUCUUUCUGAGUCCAGCACACGCCGGAGUACGCCCGAGCACUCCAGGGAAAACAGUACUCAGCUCUGAGCGGACUUUACAAGUGAGGUCAAAGAGCCACCAUGAGUCAAAACAGCAAUAUGUCACCAGAAGCCCAGGCCCAGACAUCAAAAGGAGCGCAAGCACCAUGCUGAAGUCACACAGCGAAGUGGGGACUGCCUUCAUCCAGACCCAGCAGCUCCACGCAGCCAUGGCUGACACUUUCCUGGAGCACAUGUGCCGCCUGGACAUUGACUCGGCGCCCAUCACAGCCCGCAACACUGGCAUCAUUUGUACCAUCGGUCCUGCUUCCCGAUCUGUGGAGAUGCUGAAGGAGAUGAUUAAGUCUGGAAUGAAUGUGGCUCGUCUGAAUUUCUCACAUGGAACUCAUGAGUACCAUGCAGAGACUAUCAAGAAUGUGCGGGCAGCGACGGAGAGCUUCGCAUCUGAUCCCAUCCUCUACCGGCCUGUUGCCGUGGCUCUGGACACAAAGGGACCUGAGAUCCGGACUGGACUCAUCAAGGGCAGCGGCACUGCGGAGGUGGAGCUGAAGAAGGGAGCCACGCUGAAGAUCACCCUGGACAACGCCUACAUGGAGAAGUGUGACGAGAACAUCCUGUGGCUGGACUAUAAGAACAUUUGCAAGGUGGUGGACGUGGGCAGCAAGAUCUAUGUGGACGAUGGGCUCAUCUCGCUGCAGGUGAAGGAGAAAGGUGCCGACUUCCUGGUGACGGAGGUGGAGAAUGGUGGUUCCUUGGGCAGCAAGAAGGGGGUGAACCUCCCUGGAGCUGCUGUGGACCUCCCUGCCGUGUCAGAAAAGGACAUCCAGGAUCUGAAGUUCGGCGUGGAGCAGGAUGUGGACAUGGUGUUUGCGUCUUUCAUCCGUAAGGCGGCCGAUGUGCACGAGGUUAGGAAGGUCCUGGGGGAGAAGGGCAAGAACAUCAAGAUCAUCAGCAAAAUCGAGAACCACGAAGGCGUCCGCAGGUUUGAUGAGAUUUUGGAGGCCAGUGAUGGGAUCAUGGUGGCCCGUGGUGACCUGGGCAUUGAGAUUCCUGCAGAGAAGGUCUUCCUGGCUCAGAAGAUGAUGAUUGGGCGGUGCAACCGGGCUGGGAAGCCCGUCAUCUGCGCCACACAGAUGCUGGAGAGCAUGAUCAAGAAGCCACGUCCCACCCGUGCCGAGGGCAGCGAUGUGGCCAACGCAGUCCUGGACGGGGCGGACUGCAUCAUGCUGUCGGGAGAGACAGCCAAAGGCGACUACCCCGUGGAGGCUGUCCGCAUGCAGCACCUGAUAGCUGUGGAGGCCGAGGCAGCAAUGUUCCACCGUCUGCUGUUUGAAGAGCUUGUGCGGUCCUCCAGGCACUCCACAGACCCCAUAGAGGCCAUCGCCAUGGGCAGCGUGGAGGCUUCCUAUAAGUGUUUAGCAGCAGCUUUGAUAGUUCUGACGAAUUCUGGCAGGAGUGCUCACCAGGUGGCCAGGUACCGCCCGCGUGCUCCCAUCAUUGCCGUGACACGCAACCCCCAGACAGCUCGCCAGGCCCACCUGUACCGUGGCAUCUUCCCCGUGCUGUGCAAGGAAGCGGUGCAGGAUGCCUGGGCUGAGGACGUUGACCUUCGCGUAAACUUUGCUAUGAAUGUUGGCAAGGCCCGGGGCUUCUUCAAGAAGGGAGAUGUGGUCAUUGUGCUGACCGGCUGGCGCCCUGGCUCUGGCUUCACCAACACCAUGCGUGUAGUGCCUGUGCCUUGAUGGCCCUCUGGAGCCCCUCUUCUAGCCCCUGUCCCCUCCCCCAUCCCAUCCAUUAGGCCAGCAACGCUUGUAGUGCUCACUGUGGGCCACAGUGUGGCGCUGGUGGGCUGGGACGCCAGGGAAAACUCAUGCCUCAGAAACAUGGAAUAGAGCUCAGCUGUCUGUCAUGGCCCUGCCCCAGCGAGCGGUGAAGGAGGAAUGCAGGACCGGAAGCCCUCUGACUUUACCACAGAGGAGCAGCAGCAUCUCUGUGUACUUUGCUCCUGUAGAAAGUUGCCCAGAGAACUCCCAGCCCUGGCCUGGAGUCAGGAGACAGCAAGAGUAGGGGCUUGAGGGCGUGGGGCCCGGGUUCCAGUGUAGAUAAUCUUUGGCCCUGGCCCUGACUCGCUUCCCCGACAGCUUUGGCCUCCCCCGCUCUUCCUCCUCGUGCACUCCGCUCUGCAGACACUCCACUCCUAUUCUGCAGCACCUCCAGGCCUGUUGCUAUAGUGCCCACCUGAAUGUCAAUAAACAGCAGCUGAAGCA